AAAGGAUUCCAAAGAUGGCUCAUAAAAAACGACCAGAACAGCAGUUCAAUCAGUACGAUGGAUUCCUAUGACCUCAAUGGGAGUGGAAUGAAACAGGUGAUUAUCGGAAGACAGGAUGGAAACAUCGAAGUCUAUCAAGUGGACAUGAAUGACGAACAUGAGGAUAGUCGGUUGAUUUUCACUUAUAAUUGCAAUGAGAGUGUGACUUCGCUUCAAUGUGGUAUCGUUGGAUCUCAUGGAUUUGAUGAAAUAGUUGUUGGCACAUAUACUGGACGAAUCUUCGGACUUACCACUCAAACUCUGGAUGGAAAUCUGGAUAACUCGACGGGAAGCUAUAUCUCCACAGCUGAUACAUCUCAAAAGAUAUUCAAACUAAAGGCAGAUAUAGACGAAUUGAAGACUAAAAUUAUCAAGGAACGUGAAAGGUAUCAACAAUCCACGACUUUUUCAUGCGAAGUAUCGGCAAUUCCUUUAUUGAUGGUGAAGGACUCGUUCAUUUUAGAUAGAAACACAUCGACUUAUAACUUGUCGAUCGAGGUUCCAACAGCAAUCGACAAUAUCUUACUGCAAUGUGAUACAGAAGUUGAUCUGGUUGAUGUGGACAAGAAUUCUGCAGUCAUCAGCUACAGCGACACUACAAAACAGGAUAGUCAUCUCCUGGCCACCUAUCGUUGUCAAAUAAACACGAAUAGCUUGAAAAUGAAAAUUGGUACAAUUGAAGGUAAGAAAGGGACACUUCAAGCUUAUGUAACGCCUCUAGUGCAACCAAAAUGCAGCAGGGUUAUGCGCUAUGAUAUAAAAGCGUUAUCACUGCAUUAUCGACUACAUCAAUUCGAUAACAACAGGCCUUUCAAUGUCCUGACCAUAAAAGGCCCAUUCAGUUUGGCGGAAAUACAUUCGUGGAUUGGACAAUGCCUACCGGAAGUACCUGAAAAACCUACAGUAGCCGAGAAAACAGAACUUUGGUUCGGUUCUACUCUUCUGAAUACCAUCUUGGAAUGUACCUACCAGAAAGGAGAGGCAGUAUUCAAAUCAGAUAAUGUUUCGACAAUAUCAAUAUUGAAAGACAACUUAACUUCGGAAGCGACAAAGAAGAAAAUCAAAGUUGAUAUCAAAACACAAAUUAAUGAUGAAUCAGUGAAUUUUGUGCUGCGAUCGAUAGAAGAGAAACUUCUGAAGCAUCAAAAAUUGGCAAAGGACCUAAUUCUGCUGAAUGCAUUGAACGAAUUAGAAGUAACUGAAGAGGAAACCACUAAAUAUUUAUCUGGAAAAUACAGGAAUCUCCUAAGUUCUGCCAAAGAAAUUCGGAAACAAGCUGACAGUGAUCUUCACUGCCUUCAGAGAUAUUAUGGUGCUAUAGAAGACCUUUACAUAUCCUACAGUAAAUUUAAGGGAUUGAAUCCGAAGCCAAGGGCUACGGAAUUGAGGAAGAUGUUGGAGAAUUAUAGUUAUGAAAAUACGAUACUCUUCUUCAGACCUGAAAAAACGCCAUCUUGUUGAUAUGGAUUAUGUGCAAUAAAAUGAUUUAAUAUUCAUACCAUAUCUUUUAAUGAAUCCAGGCAAAUGGAAAAAAUUAUUGGCUGAUGUAGGUACCCAUAUGUAUACUAAUAUAUGUGUCGAUGCAACAGAAAAGUUGUUAGAGUAGAGU